AUGAAACGCAACCGGAGCCCCUAUCUGUUCUACGGACCCGACGCUCGGCCCGAACAUCUCGCGCCACGGCAUCUACAGGAUAACCUUGCAAGGUUGGCUAAGGAGAAUGCGGUCCUCUUGAAGGGAGUUCGCCUCAAGGAUAUCCCCGGUCGAGGCGCCGGAAUGGUGGCACACCGCCGUCUCAAGCGAGGGCAAAAAAUCCUACGAGUCCCCACACAAUUGGUUCACAGCCUGCACACAGUCCCCGAGCGCAUCUCCGGCAGGCUGCCACCUGAUAUGUCGAUCCACGCCCUCCUUGCCGCCAAUUUGACAGUCGACGGCAUGGCAGGGUUGUCUACGUGGAAAGAUUCCCUCCCUACGUUGGGCGACUUCAACACUGGUUUGCCAUUUAUGUGGCACAAGGAACUUCAGGAGCUUCUCCCGAAGCCCGCUCGAGAGCUCCUGAAAAAGCAGCAGGACAGCUUCCACCGGGAUUGGAACAAGGUCGCCAAGGCCUUUCCGGACCUGCGUCAGGACGACUACCUACACAGCUGGUUUGUCAUCAAUACGAGAACCUUCUACUACGCUACUCCGCGGACGGAGAAGUACCCCCCAGUUGAUAGGUUGGCCAUAGUCCCCAUAGCGGACUUCUUCAACCACGCUGACACCGGAUGCGAAGUGACCUUUGACAAGGACGGCUUCAUCGUUUCGGCAGACCGUGAUUAUCACGGUGAUCAGGAGGUUUAUAUAUCCUACGGCGCGCACACGAACGACUUCCUGUUGGCCGAGUAUGGUUUUCUACCGGCGGCGAACCGGUGGGAUGAAGUUUGCGUCGACGAGGUAAUCCUGCCAAAACCAAGCACGGCUCAUAAGGAGCUGCUCCAAGGCGAGGGGCUUCUCGGCCCGUUUAUGUUGGAUAGCGAAACCCUUGGAUGCAAGAAAACGCAGGCCGCCGUUCGGCUCCUGUGCUGUGGUAGUCGGGGGCAAUGGAAAGAGUCCUUGGAUGGAGAAGGCUGUGGAGAGCAUUGCCGAGGGGAGGCGUAUACAUUGCUAAGAUCACUGCUCGUCGACUACUCGGCCAUGGUCGGCAAGGCUGUACAAGAUGUUGGGGGGCUGCAAGUCGGACAAGCCGCUCAGCGGGAACUGCUUGAGCAGAGGUGGAGGCAGGUUGAUACAAUCGUCACGCAGGCACUCAGUCAUCUCCAGAGCCUUUCGGUCCUGUGA